GAGUGGUCGGGACAGUUGUGUCGAAACAUUUCUGAAUUUCCUUUUGAUGUCGUCGCGCGCUUCUUCUCUUCCUCCAUCUUUGUCUUCCUCUUCUUCUACUUCUUAGGGUUUACUCAACUCUCUCUCUCUCUCUCUCUCUCUCUCUUCUUCUUCUGUUAACUAAAGUGUUUAUGCUUCCAUUUUCAACAUUCAUUAUCAUUAUUUUGCAUUAGAUAUUUCAAUUUUGAGAAGUGUGAUUCUUGUUGUUUCGCUAAACAGUGAAAGUUAAGAAUGCCGCCACGUAAGAGGAAGAAUUCAUCUACCACUGCCAAAGCAGCUGGUAGCAUGGAGAAAGACACGACAAGUGAGGCAGUCGAACCUUCAAGCAGUGGCUCUAGCUGAGUCCAGUAACCUGAUCAUGUAUUAUUCAAUUAGCUAUCAGGGCCCCCGAAAGUAGGCCAUCUGUGCCAUUGGAACCUUCCGGCCGUCAACAAGUGAAGAAGGCUGUGGACAAAAAGUCCCUGUCUAUGCUGAACAAGCUAUAUUACUUUUGUACCCGUAGACCAAAUGUACAUGAUGAAUUGAGUGUCUUGGUUAGCAUGUUUGGCGUUCACUUAGGCCGCAAGGAUAGCCAUACAAUGAGACCAAAAGGAUGGGUCAGUUUUAUGGUGAUUUUAGCUGCUGGAAAGAUAAUGAUGGAAGAGGAGAAGGCAACCAAUGGGGCUGUCACUCGUCAUAUUUUUAGCCCACAAUUUAUGAGUAAGGUACUAUUUCGCUCAAAUCUAUCUAAUGAAGAAGAUAGCUACAAGCCUUGGUGCAUUGAGGAUGUAUCACAAUUCAUCUCGCCGAUUAAAUUGGGUUAUGAUAUUAAUCAGUGCAAAUUUAUUUUUGCACCAACUUUGUUUGAGGAGCAUUGGUCUUGUUAUGCGUUCGAGCCCAAGGAAAAAACCCUGUAUGUGUUAGAUCCGAUGCAAAAUAAUCUCUCAAUCAGCAAGAAAAACUUGGACGAUGCAACGAAACGUCGUUUUGAGGAGCUGCUGGUAUUAAUGAGUCCUGGUUUGACAGAAGAGAAUGCAUCGGUAACACUUGUUUACGUUGAUGUUCCUAGGCAGAAAAACAAUCAUGAUUGUGGCAUCUAUGUGAUGAAAUACAUGGAAAUUUGGGAUGGAUCGAUAAAAUGGCAAGACAAAAGCAUGCCUGAUUAUCAAGACAAAGAAAUUCAGAAGUUUCGGCAAAGCUUUAUGUGUGGAUGGGUUCAACAUCCUAAAAAUGAGGUUAGAGAAACGAUUUUGAAGGCGGCACAAGUAUGGGAAAAAUUAGGCUGACUAUCAACUUCAUAACUCCAAUAGUUGAGACGUCUACCAAGACAUUUUCGCUUAUACUUGCUUACUUUUUUUCUUUAAUUCAAAUACAGUUUUCAUUCUUACAUAUAUGUGAUACUUUUCAAGUUGGUUCCUAUAAUAAAAGACUUUUCACUUUUCAGUCG